AUGGGUGUUUCUGGGUUAUCUUCAUACAUUCGCGGGGACUCUAGUAGUUUUCGUCAAACAAGGCUGCAUAAUUCUCUUAUUGUACUUGAUGGAAAGAACAUAAUAAACAACCUUUACUAUAAUUCUGGGAUUUUAACACAAUACAAUGGCGAAUACAUGGCCUUCGAUGUCGCUACGGAACAGUUUAUAUUGAAACUUCGUCAAUGCAACCUAACGCCGAUUUUUGUUAUCGACGGACUUAAUGAGAUGUCCAAGAUGAGAACAAUUUUGAACCGGAAACGUGACCGCUUAAUCACCUGCUUCAAUCUUCAGACGGCUGCCACCGACUUGCCAUUACGAGACGGUGGUUUCGAAGAUUUUCGGAUCAGGCUGCUGCCAUCACUCGCAUGUCAGUCUUUUCUGAGCACUCUUGACCGCCUUGGAGUGCUUCAUAUUACCGUCGACUUCGAAGCAGAUCAGGUUGCGGCUGCCCUUGCCAUCCACUUAGGUGCUCCAUUGAUUUCGAACGACUCGGAUUUUUAUAUAUUCGCCCCAUACUGGGCGAGCAGUGGUGGUCUUACAUACAUUCCUACUGAUCUUUGUGAUUUUGAAACCCCACGAUCCUUCGAUGGGGGCUAUUACCUUGAAGCACAGAUGUUUGUGGCGAGAGAGGGUCGUACGUUCCAGGGGUUAGCACCAAUCCAGCGUCCUCUAUUUGCAGUGCUCUGUGGCAAUGACUACAUUCCAUUCGGGUACUUUGACAAUUAUAUUCCUGAACCUGCUACUCAACAGCAUUUUGUCGAACAUGACGAUCAAGCAGCAUCCAGAUCAGCCGGUCCAUCUCGUAAAUCCGCGAAAUUUCAGCGUGUGGUAGAUUGGCUGUCAGGAUUCGGAGGUGACAUCGUGGAGCCCGUGAACAGAAUCAUAUCUGGAUUUCCGCUAGCGGAGAGGCCUCAAGCUGCACAGUAUUUGCUUGCUGGGCUCGCCUCCUAUUCUGUCCCCAUGGAUCAGGUUACGCCAUACCUGGAGUACCUAUUUGGUGGAAAACCCCCAUCCUGUCGUGUGAGGCAGGUAAUACCACAUGAUUUACAUCCCUCAAGUCAGGAAUACGGGCUUCGCGCGCUGCAAAGUUUGGCAGAAGGUAAUUCUGACCCACAACUGAUUGCGGAAUGGUCUCCUCGCCUAAUGAAAGCUUUUCGCCAAAGGCGAAUACAGCCCGGUUAUUGUGAUGCGUUGUACUCGUUUGGGAUCGUGAUGAGUCCCAGAGUUGAGGAUGUCAAAAACCGUGAAUCUAUCCACUUGUGUUCACUACCACUUCGUCAACUCUUUGUUGGAAUUCUUGUAGAAGCAACCGCUGCAGACAGACUUAACUUACCCGGUAUCAACUUUGCGCACGAUCGGCCGUUGUUUUAUGAGUAUAGACGCGUUGGAUCCUCAAGUUUUCAAAAGCAUGAAGUUCCAUUUGAGAGGCUGCCUUUGUUUGGUUCCAAGGCGUUCGCAUUUCUGCGGCAGAAGCUAUGCCUUCCAAAUCGACCACCAGUUAUUCCAGCGUGGCUACAUGGACUUGCUUGCAUCCUGUUUCUGUGGGCGCGGUUUGAUGCACGUCCAGAAACUGCAAGACUAUGCUAUUCUCCUAUCGCCUUGGCUGUGUGCGCCUGUGCGAUUGCUGCUCAGAUGCGUCUGCUUGGUGGUGGCGGUGGUCGUGGUGGUAGAAGUGGUCGUGGUCGUGGUCGUGGUCGUGGUCGUGGUGGUAGUGGUGACAAUGGAGCUCGAGUGGCGAUGGUGCGCCAUUUUGAGUCACUGCGUCCAUCGUAUGUGACGGAACCUCUCAACUUCAGUUUUCUGCAUGCCCUCGCUCAACUGCAAUCUGUACACUACGGCUUAGCGACCCUUGUUUCGUUG